AUGAGUUAUUUGGCCCAAUCAAGUCGAUUAACUGCUCUACUCAUCAGUCUGAAAAAUAAGAAAUUAAUAAAACCUGAUCAGUAUACUCGUUUGUGUGAUUAUGCCAUCAAUGAUAAUGUUGAAUUGAAAUAAUUAUUUGUGGAUUAUGAAAAGGGUUUGUCUUAAAAUGAUUUCUUAUCUGGACUUUCAAUCAUUCUCAACAACAAAACAGGAAGUGACCAUAUCAUCAAAUCUUACUUGUACUCUUAUAAUCAAUUAAAUUAGUGAAUCAGUUGUCAGCAUCAAUCAACAAUUGAAAGGGAAAAUUAAAGAAUUUUAUAGAGACAUCAAGGUAUACUUAUUUGAUAUCAAUUAAUGUAGAAUAACAUGAACGAAAUUUAUGAAGAAUGUUUUAAAGCAUAGCAUCAUUUAUAAGAAAUCAAAGAUUUGAUAAAAUUAGUCUUAAAACAAUUUUAUAUUGAAGAAUUUUAUUUGAUUCAAUUUGAAGAAGGACAUCAAUGUGUUAUUCUGACCAAUAAUUUUGAUUUCAAAUUCUUUAAAGAAGAAUAUAAAAUCAGCUCCUGGGCACAUAAAAACACUGCUCAUCAACUCAAUAAUACUCAAACUGAACAUUACACCUUACUUAAAACCCACAAUCUCCCUAAGUAGUACAUUAUAUCACAACACGCUGUCCUCUUUUUGACCUUUAGUGAUAGUGUUAAUAAAACCUAUGCCCAAUACUUCAUGGCCACCUUUCUUUAUGAUAAAUUUAUCACUUUAAUCUAUUAAGGCUAUUAAAUUAUCGGGUUAAAGAAGAUGCAAUCUGUUAGAAAUGAAAUUCUAUAAUUAGUCUCCAAGACCAUUCAAUUGUAUAAUUAUAAAUUGAUGUAUGAAAUAUUAGUUUAGAUCAUGCAGUCAUUUAACUUAUAAAAUUUAUUGUGUCAAUUUGAGAAGGAAUUAACUAAAUAACAAACUGUUUCCAAUUAUUUAUUGAUACUGCUUUCAAGUAAUUUAGAUAUAAUUGGCAUCGAAUUAGAAGGCAGUCUAUCACUUCAAUUAGCAGAUAAAGUCAAAAGCACUUUUAAAAAGUCAAUCAAAAAAUAUAAGAAGAAACUCAAAUCUAAAAAGGAUCUAUUAGAAUCAUUCUAAUAAGUUACCCAACAUAAUGAAAUGAUUAUGUGCUUAUUCUUUAAUAACUUCCUUAACCUAUACUAUAUGACAGUUCAAUGGAAUCACGAUCAAUUUGUGUAUAUAAUAGUAAUCUAAUUAAUAUAGAUCAAAAUAUAGUUUACCUAAAGAAAUUAAUUAUGGGGACCCCAUUUAUAGAAUAUUUGAUCAAAAUCCUACCAUUAUUUAAAAAGUAAAAGAAAUCAUCGAUUCUCCCAAUGAUCAUUUGGAAUAUAAUGACGGGUUUUUUAAGUUCUCCCUGAAGAUAGAAAGAGGAUUUAAGUUAUAAAUCAAAUAGAUAUCCAUAUUUCUAUUUAACAUCUAAGUGAAAAGGUAGCUAAAUGAUUUCAUUUUUAUAGACCACUGGAAGAAUUAUUUAGAAUAUUUAGAAGUAAAGUGAAGAUCUUACUAACAAUUAGAAAGGCUACAUUGGCCUUUAAAUCGAAGCAACUCAUGAUGGAAAAUCAAUUUCUUAGACAAUCAGCCUUGGUAAUGUAUCUACCAGAUCAAGACAGAAGAAGAAUUACCUAGACUAAUAAUCAAGAUCAUGAUUAAGACUUAGAGAAAUAUAGAAAUUAUACUAUGAAAUAGGCAACGAAAAAAUUAUAGCAAUUUUUGACGAAAUAUGAUGAGGAAGAUAAAACAAAUCCUGAACUCAGGAGAAUUGCAAUAGAUCCAAAUUUAUAAUAAAAAUUACUAGAUUAUGAAUUUAAUCUACUCAAUAAGAAAAUGUAUAAAAAUAAAUACAUAAUUGCUUAUAAUUUAUUUCAAAUGUGCGAGUACAUUAAAUAGUACCCAUUACUCACAAAAGAAUUUAUUAAUUUUUUGACAGUACUGAAAUAUAAGUACAAUAAGAAAUCGAAUCCAUUUCACAAUUUUACACAUGGAGUUAAUGUUAUGCAUGGUUGUUAUUUGUUUGGUCAUCAUUAAAAGUUUGGCACCUAUUUUUCAGAUCUAUAAAGAUUUGCUAUGACUUUCGCUGGAUUGUGUCAUGAUGUUGAUCAUUCAGGAACAACCAAUUUGUUUUAAGUGAAUGCCUAAACUAAGUUAGCAUUAUUAUAUAAUGAUAAAUCAGUUCUUGAAAAUCAUCAUGUUGCAGUCACUUAUAAAAUAUUGGCACAUAAAUAAUGUGAUUUUUUUGGUUCUAUACCUAAACAAGAUAGAACAACAAUAAGAAAAUAUGUUGUAAAUAAUAUCCUGGCUACUGACAAUCAAUACCAUUUUAAUCUUUUAAAUGAUAUUGAAAUCAGAUUUGGAUAAUCUAAAGGAGAUCCUAAAAUCUUUGGUAUGAUUAUGUUGUGAUUUUUAGAAACUGAGGAGAAUAAACUCUUACUGAGUGGGUUCUUAACACAUGCAGCUGAUUUCUUUGGUGCAGCAAAAUAAUAAUAGGUAGCCAGAGCUUGGAGUGAAAGAUUAAGAAAGGAAUUUUAAGCCCAAGUAAUAAUUAAAAAUAUCAUUUAAUUUAGUCCUAAUUAGAAGAUAUUAUUGGAAUUGCGUAAACUCCAUAUCUACGAAAUUUGGAUAAUGAAGUGUAAUAUGCCAAAAAUGAAGCAGGAUUCUUAAAAGUUAUUGUUAAACCAAUUUAUGAGUCCUUAAACAAUUAUUCUGAAGGAGCUUUGGCACUUUAAUUAGCAAAUAUCAACUUAAGCAUUAAAAAAUAUGAAGAGAUUAUUGAAUCAACAAAUUAAUGA